UUUACGCCCAUUCAGUUUCUGAGAGUCCACGUCCUACCUUAGUAGCUUCAGCCUUCAGCUGUCUCCGUCUCUGGCUAUCGAAGGAGAAGGAAGACAGACGGAUAAUCGUAAACAAUUCUGUUCACCGAUAACCGAUUCGUCCCCGUCUCAAGUUUAAGAGAGACAAAAAUAUAUUCAUUCAGAGAGAGAAAGGGAGGAACUUGUGCAACACAGGGUUUUGCUAGAAUUUAUGCAUUUUCUGCAUCCUUUGAAGAAAUGGAUACAGAGGAAAGUCCAAAAUCUACCAGAAGAACUACAAGGUCGUCCUCAUCCACCCCCAAUUUGAAGAAUGUGGCUGAAUCUCGCAAUUCCCAAUCUCUGACAAAUAAGGAUCUCAUAUUUGGAGAUGAACGCAUAAGCUUCGACGAUUUGGUAUCUAGCUUUCCCUGUAGGCGUAUUCAAAUUCUUGAACUCAUACGCCUUCUGGGUCCCUUGAAUUCUGCAAUGCUUCCUCUAUUUGUUUAUGGAGGUCCUUCAACUGGAAAAACAAGUGCAGUUCUUCAGGUAUUAAAACACCUACACCGCCCUUUCGUGUAUUCGAGUUGUCUUACUUGUUACAAUCCUCGAAUAUUGUUCGAAUCCAUCUUGAAUCAGCUCAAUCUUCAUCAGAAAAAUGUGGGUAAUGGUUAUUUGAGUGCGAAACGUUGCGAAAAGCCAUCUGAUUUUGUCAAUCUUUUGCAAGAAGCUUUGGCCAAUGUAAUAAAUAAUCUGGGGAAUUCAAAGAAGGCAGUGAAACAUUCACAAGCCGGUGGAAGGAUGGUUUACUUGAUCUUUGAUAAUUUGGAGCUUGUUCGGGAGUGGGAUAAGAGUUCUAAUAUAUUGCCUUUUCUGUUCAAACUCUAUGAUAUUCUGAAGAUGCCUGAGGUUGGUCUGAUUUUUAUAAGUAACACCUCCUUCGAUACAUAUCACUCAGAUACAGGUUAUAUAGAGCCUGUCCCUGUUCAUUUUCCUGAUUACACAGAAGAUGAUCUUCGUCAAAUCUUUGUGAGAAACCAAGCAAACCCGAAGCUGUAUUCUUCUUUCCUUGAUGUGGUACUAAGGCCUUUUUGUCGAAUUACAAGGCGAGUUGAUGAACUAUCUACUGCCUUUUCAUCAUUGUUUAAAAAAUAUUGUGAACCUUUAUGUGAUUUGGGAGUUAUUCCCAAUGAAGAAAUGAAGAGACGAUUGUAUAGUCAUCUUCAGCCGCAUAUUGUGAACACACUGAAGGAGAUAUUUGGGGUUUCAUCUCAGCCUUACCCUGAAGCUGCUGCAGCCAACAAGGAGAAAGCAAGGCCAAAGGCCAGUACAAAGAAUUUGGGGCAUUUUGAAGCCUUUGAUGAUUUAGAUUUCCAUAUGUCGACUUCUGCAAAGUAUCUUCUUUUAUCGGCAUUUCUUGCUUCAAGAAACCCAGCUACCCUUGAUGCAUCGUUGUUUGAUUCAACUGGGGGUUCUGAUAAUCGGAAGCGAAAAAGGAAGAGCUCUGAAAAAUCGAUGGAGCAGAAAGAAACUGUGGAACAAGAAUUGCUCAUGAAAGGACCUGGAACUUUCCCACUGGAGCGGUUAUUAGCCAUAUAUCAGUGUAUCACCUCUGUGGCAGAAUACUCACUAGACGAAGAGCAAGGAAACGAGGGGUUAGGAGUUGAAGAUGAGGAUUUUGGCCUUAUGUCUGAUGUUCUCCUGCAACUAUCAAGUCUAUGUAAUGCUAAUUUUAUCACCAAAGGAGGAAGGUGUCCACUGGAGGGUUCGACUCGGUACCGAUCUACAGUAUGUGAAGAUAUGGCUUUAAAGGUAGCAAGGAGCUUAAAGUUUCCUCUGUCAAAGUACUUGUAUAGAAGAUAAUAUGACGCGUGGAAGCUACUCUGUCUCGAUUUCUUCUACUUGAUUCUCAGAGUUCAAUUGAAGGGAGUCACAAGGGUCAUUAGCAUGUUGAAUCAUGCAUGGUUGUCAGAUUUUGUGUAGAUAUGGUUUACGAGUAAUGAUGACCGGCUAUCAUAUGGACAAACUAACUUGCAAAGGGCUGGGAGAGAAAAACUGAUUUAGUUACUUGCUGGAUGUUGAAAAUUGUAUUGCUGUUAACUUUACAUGCUGCCCUCUAUGUAUCAAAUUGACCAGUUGGGCUUUAUGAUUCAGUAGUUCUUAUAAAUGUUAAUAGUUUCAUUUGUGGCUUUCAAUGCA